UCCCGCCAACGAAAAACCCCAGUCAUUUCGGUUCUAUAAAAUCUCAAGUGGUGGUGAAUCUCUACACAGAAGUCCUGCUGAGAAGUUCCUGGAAAAUGUCGAAUUUUGGAUCCAAAUUUAGACAAUCACCUGCUAAAGCUCCUUCAAUCGUUUCAAAUGCAGGUUGUGGUGGGGUUUGUAUGAUGAGCAACCUAUGGAGGGAUGAACAACAUCCAUCCUUCAUUCACUUCAUUUCCUCCUUCCUCAAUGCAAAUUCAUUUAGGCUCAAUAUUGUCCCUAUAGCACCUGAUUUCAUUUUCAACUGUGGUGGACUUUCUGUAGCAUUUGUUUUUGUGACAAAUUGGGAUUGCAACAAUGUCUCUCCCAUAUUUAGCAGAAUACAGAAGCUUAAGGGGCAGUUCGGGCAUCUUUAUGCUGUUGUCACACUCCCAACAAAGGAGCAAAAUGAUUCAUUUGUUCGCUCGUACUUUGAGUAUGGUAUGGAGUUUGGAAGGCCGACAUUUGUGCCUGUUCGAGACUUAGAAAUGGGAUUUGAGAAAAUUGUGCAGAUCGCUCAUGCCUGUGGGGUUUGUAAGCAACAAGAUGCCAUCUCAAAGAUGAAGGUUGAGAGGGAGAAGUCAGUGCAGGGAAUGGAUGCCUUCAUCAGAGUUGUAAUGUCCAUACCUGGCAUUGAGAACCAUGAUGCGCAUGCGCUUCAUCAAACUAUUGGUUCCAUUCAAGCAUUAUCAAGAGCAUCAAAGGAUUAUAUUUUGGAGAACACAGAUCUUUCAGCAGACAAGGCAGAGAUAAUUUCAAGUUUUUUUAGAGAUAAAAACUAUUAUCUCAGCCCCAAAAUUAAUUAGUCUGUGAGGAUACUAUUCAAGACGUCAUAGCAGAUGAGCUCAAUCAGGUGAUCUCUUCAACUUCAAGCUGUUCAUCUUUGAUAUUUUCCCAUCAGUGCUUUUAUAGGG